AUGGCAGAGUUUAAAAAUCAGGAAUUCUUUGGCGGAUCAAUUCGAGGUGUGGUACCCAAAAAUUGGAUCGAUGCCAGCACUCUCCGCGAGAUCCCAGACCAUCAAGAGCUGUUUCUCUCACCCAGCACACUCUCCAAUCUAAUUAUUGAAAUUAAUCAGCGCGUCUCGGCAGAAGAUGCGCUGAGCACCUUUGCUACCCUCAGCCAGCAGCAACCUACGCUAGCAGCAGAGGACAGUGCAGCCAGCGCAACACCCAAUUUCGUGGAUAAAGCCGCAGCGCUUUAUCAUCUAAAUGACCUCUGUGAUGAAGGCGACUCGAUGCAGGUGGUGACUCUGCCACAGCGCGUAUCUCCUGGUCGUUUAGCCGCAACGGCACCACCGGGUUCGCAAGUUACUAUGUACAAGGGUGUCGUUCUAUUCUUGAAUGCGCCUCGUCAACGGGGUGGGCAGUUUGCUCCUGUGUCGGCUACCAAUCAACCAACAAAACUCACGUGUCACUAUUUAAUUGUGAGGCUAGAGUCUCAGGAGACGGAUCUGUUGGUUUUCUCGAAUGUCCCUCAUGAGGAGUUUGAAAAGGCUGGGAAUGUGGCUGGAUUGAAUGGCGAGGAAACUGUGGCGGAGGACACUGUCAGUGCGUUGGUUGAGAAGAUAGAAAUUUGUGAUUGGGGUCUUUUCGUUUAG